ACUAUUGCAAUCAAUGUUACCCUCAGUACCGCUUUACUCUGCCGUGAACGAGAAAACAGCAUGAGAAACAGUUCAGAGCGCAGGCAGCAUCACAAUCACAGAGCAUGGAGCAGCUGACUCUAGUCCUACUAUUCGUCACUUCGCUGAAUUUUGCGUCGGCUGGAGUAGAUGGAGAUUAUUGGACAUAUUCAGGAGAGCUGGAUCAGAAGCACUGGGCAGAAAAAUAUCAUGACUGCGGUGGCCAACAACAGUCUCCCAUUGACAUACAGCGGCGAAAGGUGCGAUAUAAUCCACGAAUGCAACAGCUUGAGCUGACAGGUUAUGAAGACAUCCGUGGUUCCUUUCUCAUGAAGAACAAUGGCCAUUCUGUGGAAAUUCAGCUGCCAAGCACCAUGAAGAUUACCAAGGGGUUUCCACACCAAUACACCGCCAUCCAAAUGCAUCUGCACUGGGGAGGCUGGGACUUGGAGGCCAGUGGAUCAGAGCACACAAUGGACGGCAUUCGCUACAUGGCAGAACUUCAUGUUGUCCACUACAACUCUGAAAAGUACCCCAGCUUUGAAGAGGCCAAAAAUAAACCAGAUGGUCUUGCGGUUUUAGCCUUCUUUUUUGAGGAUGGACAUUUUGAGAACACAUACUACAGUGAUUUUAUUUCAAACCUGGAAAACAUCAAAUACGUAGGUCAGUCCAUGAGCAUCUCCAACCUGAAUGUUCUCUCUAUGCUGUCAGAGAACCUCAGUCACUUCUACAGAUAUAAAGGCUCUCUGACUACACCGCCCUGUUUUGAGAGUGUCAUGUGGACAGUGUUCGAUACACCUAUCACCCUCUCGCACAACCAGAUCAGGAAAUUGGAGAGCACAUUAAUGGACCAUGACAAUGAGACCCUACUGAACGACUACCGCAUGGCCCAAGCUCUGAAUGAAAGAGUGGUGGAGUCUACUUUCCUCCCACGUCUCAGCAAAGGAGGAAUGUGCCGUCAAGAGGAGAUUGAAGCUAAGCUUAAAAGGAUCGAGAGCCUUAUUUUGUCACUGGACAAAAAAGCGGUUCAAGCAUCAAGGCCUUCAAGUACAGGUGGCAAGCAACCUAUAUCCCCCCUGGUCCUCUACUUCCCACAGAAGAACGUAGAAAGCUUCGCCUUGGUGAACUUAUCGCAUCCCAUGGAGCUCAAGUCCUUCACAGCCUGCAUGAAUGUCCAAAUACCCCCAAUUCGAGACCUGACUGUGCUUUCAUACUCCACGUCCCAUGAUAAUGAGCUCAUGAUCUCUUUAGGCUCUGAAGUGGGUCUCUGGAUCGGAGACCAGUUCAUAAAUCUGAAGUUCGAACUUCAAUCAAAUGACUGGACGAACUACUGCUUUACCUGGGCGUCCCACAAUGGAGGGGCUGAGCUGUGGGUGAACGGGGUGGUCGGAGAGGAGCGCUACAUUCAGACAGGGUACACCAUUCCUGCUGGAGGAAGACUCAUUUUGGGGAAGGACCAGGACGGGUUUUUGGGGAUUUCAGUUAACGAUGCUUUUGUUGGUCAUAUGAGUGAUGUAAACGUUUGGGAUUAUGUGUUAACCGAGGGAGAGAUUGUUGAGCAGAUGUCGUGUGACAAUGGGAAAGUGAAGGGGAACGUCCUGAGCUGGGGAGUCACUCAGCUCAGUCUGUAUGGAGGAGUUCAGCUGCAGGGCGAACAGGUUUGCUAUCGAGAUAAUAAUAAUAGAGAAACAGAGAAAUAGAAAGAACAACAGGCUUUUAAACGAAUGUUAAUAUCAUAAUUAGCUAUAUUGCUAACUUGUACUGUAUGCUCUCCCAGGGGAAUAACUGCAAUUGUACACAUAAUGAUAAUAUGAUAUUCUAUCUAUCUGUGUUUUACUAGUGUAUUUUAGCCAGCUGAAUAAUGGAAAUCAUAUCUAAAAAAUGUAAUAAAUGAUAUUUGCAUUCUUA